UAUUUUCUCGGAGUAUUAUUAAUUUUCCGGAAACCCCUUACUCUAUUUGUAUUUUUCUUCCGGAAAACACAAAUACUUUAUUUGUGUUUUCCUUGUUCUCUAGCCGUCUAUUUAUCGAUCUUCUGGGUAAAUGUUUCCCAUUAAAGCCUCUAGUAAAGUACACACUAUUUUUACAUAAGGCAACAAGUCAAAUAUGUUAGUGGAAUCAAGUAUAUCUUUCCUAUUUCUUCCCUUUUAAUGUUAAGUUUAGUUAAAAAUAGUCGAUGGUCGAAAUUAAUUUUUUUAAGCUUUAGCCUAUAUUUAAUUUCACCAGUCUUAUUAAAUUCUUUAUGGAAUAAUUUCACCUUUUUUCUUCAAAAUAAUUAAAACAACAAAUUAAAAGAUGGAUGACGAUGAGAAGAAAUCUGGAACAAGGGUCUUUAAGAAAACCUCUCCAAAUGGAAAAAUAACUACAUACCUUGGGAAACGCGAUUUUUUGGAUAGAGGAGAUAGUGUUGAUUUGAUUGACGGAAUGGUUUUAAUCGAUGACGAAUACAUCAAAGCAUCAAAAAAAGUUUCAGUUCAAUUAUUAGCAGCUUUUCGUUAUGGCCGAGAAGAUUUGGAUGUUUUAGGCCUUACAUUUCGCAAAGAUUUGAUCUCACAAAAUUUUAAAAUUUUUCCACCAAAUCCACUUCCAAAUAAUCGCCCUAUGACAAGGCUACAGGAACGCUUAAAGAAAAAAUUGGGAAACAAUGCUUUCCCCUUUUGGUUUGAAAUUCCGCCAAAUUCUGCUUCUUCUGUUACUUUACAGCCAGCUCAAGGCGACACGGGUAAACCUUGUGGAGUUGAUUAUGAAGUCAAAACAAUUGUUGGUGGGGGUGAUUCUCAAGAGAAACCGAAAAAACAUAAUUCUGUUCGUCUUGCCAUUCGAAAGCUCACUUAUUCUCCACAAAUUGAAAGGCCUCAACCAAUGAUUGAUGUGACUAAAGAAUUUAUUAUAAGUCCUGGGGGACUCCAUUUGGAAGCAUCUCUGGAUAAGGAGAUGUAUUAUCACGGAGAAUCAAUCAACGUAAACGUCCACGUUCAAAACAAUAGCAACAAAACAGUCAAGAAAAUAAAAGUUUCAGUCAAUCAAAUUGCCGAUAUUUGUAUAUUUACUACUGCUCAAUAUACUUGUGACGUUGACAAAAUUGAAUCUUGUGAAGGAUUUCCUGUCGGCCCGGGAUCAACACUUUCCAAAAUUUACACACUAUGUCCUUUAUUAGCCAAAAAUAAAGAUAAGAGAGGACUUGCUUUAGAUGGACAAUUAAAACAUGAAGAUACAAAUCUUGCCUCUUCUACUACCUUUGCAACUCUUUCACAUUCAGUUCGAGAAAAUCUUGGAAUAAUAGUUCAAUAUAAAGUAAAAAUUCGUUUAUUAAUUGCUGGAGCAUUAGGAGGAGAAUUGGCAGCAGAAUUACCUUUUACUUUAACACAUCCAAAACCUUCUAUAGAAAAUGAAAAUAAUUUAUUGAGAACAAUUACAAGUCCAAGACAAUUAAAUGAUAAUAAUGGAAGUGGUGGGGGAGGUGGACUGGAACAGUUAAAAGGUGGUGGAGAAGGACAACAAAAUAUUAUUGAUAAUACAGACCAAACAACAACUGCAGAUGUUGAUCUCAUUCAGUUUGACAGUUUUGACGAUGACGAUGAUUUGGUUUUUGAAGAUUUUGCUCGUAAUAGAGCUCGUGGAGCAGAAUUGUUGGCUCAAAAUGAAAAUGAUUGA